AUGGAUUUGAAGGCGGUACAAGCAUUGGAGCGUGAAGCGGAAGAUUUGUGUCGGCCUUCGUUAUGGAAGAAGUUGAUGGGUGGAGUAAGUUACGAUGAGGCAGCGGACAAGUAUUUGCAGGCGGCGAACAGUUACAAAGUGAACAAGCAGUGGGUGGAGAGUGAGCGUUGUUUCGCGCGAUCAGCGGAGAUUGCGUUAUUAGGCGAAGACCGUGUUUCGGCGGCGAAUGCAUAUGUUGAUGCGGGCAAUAUGGCGAUUAAGACAAGUGCUAAAAGUGCGGAGUCAUUGUAUACGAAGGCUUGUUCUAUUUACACGUCGGCGGGUCGUUUUGCUCAGGCGGGUAAGUUGAUGAAGCAGUUGGCGGAAGAGUACAAUAGUACGGAUGUGUCUGCUGCAAAGUCGUUUUAUAAGAAGGCGGCUGAGUACUACGACUUGGAUGAGUUUAGUAAGAGUAAUUACUCGCAAUGUAUAAUGGCCUAUGCUAACCUUGUAGCCACCGUUGACCGGGACUAUGGUACGGCAAUCCGGAUUUAUGAGGAAGAGGGCAAUAAAGCACUUAAGAACACAUUACUACAAUAUAAUGCGAAAGAAUGUUUCUUUAAGGCAGUCAUACUUCACCUAUGCCAAGAAGAUGCCAUCACCGCAUCCGUAGCAAUGGAACAGUAUCGUAAACUAGACCCCCGUUUCGCUGAAUCACGACUAGCCAAACUCUCUCAAAAAAUAUGCGAAGCCGUUGAAAAAGACGAUGUAAAACUGUUCUCCCAAGCCGUCGCAGAUUUCGAUCACAUCACACCACUUGACCAAUGGAAAAUUUCCAUGCUGGCCGAAAUCAAGUCUAAACUAACACCUCAACAAGAGGAUCAGAAAGAAACACAUACCGCCGCAAUUCAGGCAGAUGACUUCGUAGCCGUCUCCGGCGGGGUCGACUUAACUUGA